GCGGGAGUUUCCAUACUGACAGAACUUUUGACAGGAGUUAUUACACGGAAGCAAACCUAAGUAAUGGUUUAAACCCAUUGGAGAGGAUGCAAGAGUAUUCCAAAGGUAACACGCUAGAUAUAGAUAAGGAUAAGGAGAAAUCUUUAUCAGCAUUUAAAACUGUGUCCAGAGGAUUGAACCAAUCUACGUCGUCAAGGUCGGAAAAGCGUGAUAGUGGAUAUGUGACUGACAAUUCACCAGCUAUUUUUGGAAGUAAUUCUACCUUUUUUACGUUUGAUACUGAUGCUGGUGUGGGGUCAAGAGUGGGACACGCCCUACACCCGUCUGUUGAUGAAGAUGAGGAAGUGGAGAUGGUGUUGAAUAGCCCCUCUGCAAUGGGAAAGGCGUCGAAGCCUAUUCCCAUCAAGCGUCCUCGGGCGCCCCUCCCCCGGGAUAUGUUGGACUCGGGUCCAACUCAGGAACAGGAUGAUGAUGAUGUUUUUGAGAAUGUUUCUAGCGUUUGUGAUGUGUUCAAUAGGAGGAGGUUUAGGAACCACGCCCAUCAUUUUAGACCCAUACACGGGCGGACGGUGGGGACUCAAACACCUAGCCUGCACGGCCAGGCCAUUGCGGAAACUAUAAACUUUAUGUCGGACAGAUUCCAUCCCUAUCAACAACCGCCCAUUGCCAGAGGUACAGCCUACUCACGGCUGAGGUAUCACUCUGAUGGAGAUGAUUCAGAGUCCCCUACCCACGGGAGGAAACUACCCGAUAUCGUUCUCGUCCACCGGGAUAGAUCAAUAUCUCUCCCGGACGUUCACCACCAACAGCGGCUUGAUGUGGGUCGGGAACUACGGCGGAUAGGCGACGAGUUCCACUUCGAGUUAACUAGUGCCCCACCCCGCGUCAGGAGGAACAGCGUUGUGACUGGUCAGGCUUCGUCCUUUCCCGGGACAACAGCGUUCAAUUUCCAGAAUUGGUGGGAACAGCUCCGGACCAUUUUCUCUAGUCCUGUUAACAUAGAUCCAGACCGCCAGCGAAGGAGAGCUUCGUCUUCAGCUGAUCCCAGCUCCUUCCAGAAACACUUUUGACGUCAUAUCUUGCCAUAUGCAAAGUACAUCACAACUUCUUUGACGGAACCCUCUGUAGUCAUUCACAAUGUGAAAGAUCAAGCCAUUUUAAAAAUAAAAAUACUUUAUUCCUGGACAAUCAAGAUUGUAGGGAGGGUGUUCCGAUCGAUGUUUACAUUAGGAUCUCAUCAAUUUUGGCACGUAGCGAAAUGGAAGAGGGCGUUCCGAAUGCCCAAGACAUUUGUUGACUGGGUAGCCAACUUUCGAGUUGUGCUGCCCUCUAUGGUGCUAUGUAUGUAGAGUAGACACCUUAUGUAGACUCUGUGUGAGUUAAUGGGCAGGUUGUGAUAUGUCUAUUUUUGUGGUAUGUCCUAAGUCAGGUAAGAAAUGUAAUCAUUACAAUUCAACGACUUCGUACUCGCCACAGACAAGAGUGGUGAUGAGAAGAAAUGAUAGCUCGUACUCGCCACAGACAAGAGUGGUGAUGAGAAGAAAUGAUAGCUCGUACUCGCCACAGACAAGAGUGGUGAUGAGAAGAAAUGAUAGCUGGACCAGUUUUUUUUUCUCUCAGACUAUUACAGUAUUUAGAUGAAGUGUUUUAGCACAGUCAACAGACACGUUAAAGCACUCACAAUAACAGGAAACACUACAAAAACCUCCAACUUAGUCCUUUGUGUCAAUUGCUCAUACUGGGGCCAAGCCCAUUGUAGGACGAUCUCAUUUAUUUUUUUUUUUUUUUUUUGGAGAGACUAUUAUUGUAGAUUGUUUUAAUUUGAUGAUAUAUAAGUGCUACAGAGACGACCGUGACCAUUAUCUUAUUUUUGGUGCAAAGUACUUAUUUGAUAGGUUAGCCACUGCUUCCGACAACUUGAGACAGUUGGCGGGAAAAAAACCUGAGGUGUUCAGUAGCAGUAGUUACUCAUUAUAAAGGCAUUUCCGGCAAAUAUUGAUUGUUUUUACAUGGACAGUUUUGGGUAAUGUUUCCAUAUCACUGUUAGAAUACAAGUGAAUGGGCCUAGUCAUACCCGACAAUUUAUCUGUAAUCAUUGCCAAAUCAAAUGCGCAUUUCCGGAACUACUAUCUGACACAGGCCGUUUUAUUGAAAGAAAUAAUUUUCAGUACCGUCUGUCAAUGUUGACGUACGGAAACUUCUUUUGGGGAAUUAUGACCUUAUCACAGAAAGGUACCAGAUAAGCUUAACUCCCACUUCUUAAUGUUCAUUUAAAGCAUUAUUCCAUUAUCUAGCAUUUGUAUGCACAAUGUUUUUUUUUUUUCAAAACAUCAUUUCAUUGAUUAUUUUCUUGUUCAGGCACAAUGUUCCGAGAUUGCACGUUUACAAUAUAAAAGCAGGGUACAAAACGUGAUGUUUGUGUAUGACUUAUACACCAGAAAAAAAACUUACCUCGUCAGUAAUUAUUACUAUAGUAUAAAUCUUUUGUUGUCGAUGAUUAGAAAUAUGUUUAUCAAAUAUCAUUCAAACAAACCACCUAUGCAGCACACUUUGCCGACAUGAGAGUAAUGCAUCAUGGUCAGUAUAAUUCAUCAAUUAUUGCACGCGUUUACAGUAUAAAAAUCAAUAUUAUUUUCUGAUUAAUUUAUUUUGAUAAGAGAAUGUUAAAUCGCUGCCUACGAGACACUUACUAUACAUGUACAUUAACACGUCAUUCUCUUGGUUUUGCACAAAUCGCUGACACGUGAUUUCUAAGUAUCGCGUACACAUUAGUAAUAUGGAGAGUGUUCGGAACAGCUACAAGAUCACUAUUUUAGAUUUAACAAUAGUUAAUCAUGUGUGAGAGAGUGCGGCAUUAUGCCAUAAAAUGUGAAGAAAAAACAUUUUGAAAGUUUUCCAAAUGAUCUCAAACUUUUUUCUUUUCCUUGUUGCUAACUUUUGUACAUAUGAACUCUGUAUGUACAUAUCUUGUGUAUAAUAAUAGUCCGUGUAUAUAUGUAGACUAGAGUCGUACCCUUGGUGUUUAGCUGUAGUGCUUCUUUGUUGAUUUAUGUGACCAGAACUGGAGUUAGAACUUUACGUUGUGGUAAAACUUCGAUAACAUACCUGUCCAUUUUCGCGCGAACUGAACAAAAAGCACAAAAUCUCAUGACUAGAUUUCAUCUCAACGAUGAUAAUAAUUUAAGUGCAGAUCCUUCAAUUGGCAAUAACUCUAUUCGUAAAUGGACGCUAAAUUAUUCCCGCGAAAAUAAAGUGAUUUACAUUAUACGUUUGGCUAAGGCGUUUCAUGAUGUAACGACCGAACUAUUAGUAUGACGAACUCAAAAUAUUUUCAAAACAAAUGAUAAAUACAUAUACUAAUAACAUCCGAAUGACAAACUUUAAUGAGCAUGUCCUACUUCAUUUGUCAUUGCUUUGUAUAUAGUAACGUGGACGUGGGUUCGAAUCUUCCAACGACACUACGUACUGUCUCUUAGCUACCAACUAGCCUUCAUCUGUUCACGGCUCUAUUGGUCUUCUUUGCUCAAAUAUAUCUAUCAAUUUUAAUUUGAUACUUUGCAAUCUUUUACUAUGAUAUUUUUAUUUAUUUUCGCCUUGGUUUACAAACAUCUAUGAGAGUGUAAACAAAUUUGUCCCCGAAGUGCUUAUUUUUGUUCUGUGGAGUACUAGUGUCGGUGACCGAAAGGAUCAUCUUUCACGAUCAUGCAAUCAAUUUAUUUUUGUAAGAAAAGUUGAGGAGAGGAUUUAUAUUGAAAAGAAAGAAAAAAAAUGUAAAAAGAAUGAAAAGACAAAAUUGAA